AUGGUUGACACACUACCCGCUAAAGAAGAUCAUGUGGAUGUUCUCAUUGUUGGUGCCGGGCCAGCAGGACUCAUGCUAGCCAACUGGCUAAGUCGCUCUGGAGUCAAGACCCGUAUCGUCGAUAAGCGCGGCACAAAGGUCUUCAAUGGUCAGGCGGACGGUCUGCAAUGUCGUACUCUAGAAAUCUUAGACUCAUUUGAUUUUGCCCACCGCGCAUGGCGCGAGGCAAACCAUAUGUUGGAGAUUUGUCUUUGGAAUCCCGACAACAAUGGCCGUAUUCAACGAAGCGACCGCAUUCCAGACACAAUUCCUGGAAUUAGUCGUUUCCAACAGGUCGUGCUGCACCAGGGUCGUAUCGAGCAGUUCUUCCUUGAUUCAAUCAAGAAGCAUAGUGACAUCCGUGUUGAGCGGGGUGUGUUGCCCACAUCUUUCGAACUCGACGAAGCCAAAGCAGGCGAUUUUGAAUACCCUAUCAGUGUUACACUUCACACCUUGUCAGAGGACGAAUCCACCCCUCAACAACGGCAACAGCAUCAGAAAUCCUCUGAUGGUCAGCAAACAGUGGUCGAGGAUGGACUUUUCCGGAGUAACUUAGCUGCUGAUGACACCGACGACCUCAUUCAGGCGACAGAGGCCAAAGAAAAUCAAAACUCCGCUCAAGUUGAGCAUAUCAAGGCGAAGUUUAUGGUCGGCUGCGACGGUGCCCACUCAUGGGUGCGCCGUCAGGUCGGCUUCCACUUUGAAGGUAGCUCAACAGAUUAUAUCUGGGGUGUUCUCGACAUUGUCCCCAUCACGGAUUUCCCAGAUAUCCGCCACCGAUGUGCUAUUCACUCUGCGGACGCGGGUAGCUUGAUGGUGAUUCCCCGUGAGAACAAACUUGUUCGACUCUACAUCCAGCUCCAGACGACGGAUUGCCAGAAGAAUGGCUCCAAGGCUGACCGGUCUUGGAUUACCCCCGACAUCAUCCUGAAAUCUGCUCAGCGUAUCGUACACCCAUAUAAGCUCGAUUACGCGUAUUGCGACUGGUGGACUGCAUACCAGAUUGGACAGCGCGUGUGUAACAAAUUUUCGCAAAGCGAUCGCGUCUUCCUGGCAGGCGAUGCUGUUCAUACCCACUCUCCCAAGGCUGGACAGGGUAUGAAUGUCAGUAUGCAGGAUACGUAUAAUUUGGGAUGGAAGCUUGCCCAUUCCGAGAGAAGACAGAUCGCGCAGGACCUGAUCGCUUUUGAUCACCGCUUUUCGCGACUUUUCUCUGGACGCCCAGCCAAGGAUAUCAUGGAUGAAGAGGGAGUCAGCAUGGAAGAAUUCAAGAAGGCAUUUGUAAAAGGAAACGAGUUUGCAAGCGGCACAGCUGUCAACUAUGCUGCCAGUGUUCUCGUUGCGAAGGAAACGGAUGUCGCAAAGCAAGACAAUGAAGCCAUCAGCAAGCCAGAGCUCGCUACAAAGAUUGAUAUCGGCAAACGCAUACCCAGUUUCAAAGUUUUGAAUCAUGCCGAUGCACGCCCAUGGCAUCUGCAAGAGCUAUUGAAGAGCAACGGGCGCUGGCGAGUGAUAGUUUUCCCUGGGCCACUCACUGAGUCACAAAAUAGGGAACGCUUCGAAAGAUUGGGCGCAUCUUUGGGAGGGCCGGAUUCUUUCAUUCGCAAAUUCACACCACCAGGCAAGCCUAUUGAUAGCGUGAUCGAGGUGUUGACGGUUCAUUCCGGACCACGAAGGGAAAUCGAACUUCUCGAUCUUCCAGAGGCGUUCCGCCCCCACCACGGUGACAUGGGAUUGGAUUAUUGGAAAGUCUACGUCGACGAGGAGUCUUACCACGAGGGACAUGGUCAAGCUUAUGCCAAUUACGGCAUUGAUCCGAGCGGCGGUGUUAGUGUCAUUAUUCGCCCAGAUCAGUAUGUUAGCUGGGUUGGAGAGGUCGAUGACUACGAGCAGAUGUCACGAUUCUUCAAUAGCUUCAUGAAGCAACAGGCCGGAAGGGCUUAG